UACACUUACAACGAAUUACAGUCCAAUAAUGAGAUAUGGAUCCUUCCUCUCUUGCCUAGAAACUGCAAAGAGGAACUCCGAUGCACAAUCUCGCAUAUUCCACCUGAAAUCCCUCGUAACGGGUACACUGCGCUUUCAUACGCAUGGGGUGAAGGAGAAAGGGAUCAUACCAUUAUUUGUGAUGAUGCUGGAUAUGCAUCGAUCACGAAAAGUCUUUGGAAUGCUCUGAGUUGGAUUCGCAAUUGUGAUGAAGGACAAAACCUCUGGGUAGACGGUAAUAAGCCGGAGAAGGCAUCUCAGAUCAUGAUGAUGGGGCGAAUUUUCAGCGGUGCGGAAAAGGUUCUAAUCUGGCUCGGUGACGAACAAGAACAAAUAUGUCUGGCAUUCGAACUUCUCGAAGACAUUGCUUGUGAGAUGCUCAGAUUAAAUACCCAAAAGAUGUGGCAGGUUCUCCAACGUGGCUUUACGACACCGGAUCAUCCAGAAUGGGUUGCACUCCGCCACCUGCUGGGUUCUUCAUGGUUUUCACGAUUAUGGGUCUUUCGGGAGGUGAUGUUAGCCCGCAGAGCAACCCUUCGAUGCGGAUUUUACACCAUGGAUUGGCGGAAGCUUCACCUUUUAAUGAACUCUGUGAUCAACCACUCAGAUGUGAGGAGACUGAUUGCUGGCCAGGAACCCCAUUCAUGGAAACCGGGAGAGACAAAGAUUCCGGCCCUUUGGUUCGGACAUCCUCUUAGUGAUCGCAAUUUACUAUCGUUAAUGAAAGUGUGUCAGGAGAGCCAGGCAACAGAACCAAACGACAAAAUAUAUGGGCUAGUAGGCCUUACAGACGACGUGGAUACCAAUCAGCUCCCUAGAGACUAUGGCCUUCAUUUUGGUGAAGCCUAUGCAUCAGUAACUCGUUGA